CAGAAGUGGCUUGCAGAUACAUCCCCGUGGGGAGACUGAAGAUCUAAAAGGCUAGCCACCAGAUCUAUAUCGUUGUAUGGUCCAGCUAAAACAUGAAGCUACACCGACAAGUAGGGUAUCGAGAUAUGCAUAUGCGGAUUGCUAAUAAGAUACAAAGAAAAAGAGCCAAGAAAAAAUCAGUUUACUCCAUAUAUUUACUCAAUCUGCUAUUAGGAUUAAUCACGGGCUCCAAUAUGUCGGAGCUGGAACCAUAUGUUAGACCAGGAGUAUAGAGUUGAUGCCUUCCUGCCUUGCUCUCGCACUCGGGGAAGAGCUCGGCU